AUGACCAUGGGUUACAGCUCCAGUUAUCUCCCGCCCUUCGACAAUGCGACUGGAUACCUCGAGUACGUGGAAAACCAGCUUCCCGAGCUAAACCACUUUUUUACCGUGUCUAGUGACACCGCCAUCGUCGCGAAGGACCGCGUUUUAACGAAAUUCAGGACGUUGAAGAGUAAAGCCAAGGAGGCGGUCACGGCCUCAAAGCGGCAGGUACACGACGCUAUGCUUGGCCCAGAACUGAACGAAUUGACGGCGGACGAGGAGGAGGACGUCCACCGCAGGCUGACGGACGCCCAUACAAGGGCUGAAUCCCACUUCGAGAGGUGCGAUGCUGACUUGAAACGCAUCAUGGGCUAUCAUGUGAAUGAGGCGAGAGAAGAAGCACAGCGGAAAGCGGCCGCCGCUGCCGAGGAGGCCAGGUCCCGUGACGAGCAACGAAAAAACGGGAGCACCAGUAACGUGGACGGAGGCGAGGACAGCGCGAGCAAGGAAACGAAGCCCGCGAACGGACAAGAGUCGGAAGGAAAACAAGACCAGGGAAGGGGAGGGAAGAAAAAGGGCGGGGACGGAGGAAAGACUGGAGGUAAAGGGGAUGCCAAGGCGGGUGUCGAUUCCGCGAACGGGAAGGAGGCAGAGGGUCCGCAGGGCGAGGGAAGGGGAGGGAUGAAAAAGGGUGGGGACGGAGGAAAGAGUGGUGGCAAAGAGGAUAAGAAGGCGCGCGUCGAUCCCGCGAACGGGCGCAAGGCGGAGGGAAAGCAGGGCAAGGGAAGGGGAGGGAAGAAAAAGGGUGGGGACGGAGGAAAGAGUGGUGGCAAAGGGGAUGGCACGGCGGGUGUCAAUUCCGCGAACGGGCAGGAGGCGGAGGGAAAGCAGGGCAACGGGUUUGACGGCAGCACCGCCCCCAAGGGGUGCUUGGACUUCGUACUCGGCAAUCGCCUUCACAAUGGUCGUUGGAAUGUGAAGCAGCCAGGGUACGGAACUGUGAUGAAGGUUAACAUGGGUGUCGACCAAAAAGAAGUUGAGUCGCACGACGUGCUAAUGGACGACGCCGAGAGCAUCGUUACGAUGGUGGCGCGGUAUGUGGAGGUAGACGUCAAGUAUGCCCGAACGCAUGUUGCAUCGGGGAAAGGGUCACCUGCAGGAGAGAGAAGGAGAUCCGACAAUGAAUUGGUCUCACCUGAGAACAGUUCGAAGGAGGAGGAAGAUACCCAGAUACCCGUGGCAACAAACAAUGGCGGUACGUGUACAGGAGAGGGUGUCGACAGGAGUAGAAAAAAUGGACAAGACGACAAGCUAUGCGGGACAAGGGGGAUGGUAUCCGUGAAGAAAGAAGGGGGUCAGAGUCGCAAAAACGGAGAUAAAGGCAAAAAGAAGGGAAAUAGUGAUGAUGAGGAAAGCGACAGCAGCACAGAUGUCGAGAUGGGAUCGGACAAGAAGGGUGGGCAGCGAUCCAAAGCCGGAGUCGGAGGGCGAUACAAGGACACGGGUGAUGAUGAGGAAAGCGACAGCAGUACAGACGCGGAGAUUCAAUCGGAUAAUAAGGGUAGGCAGGGUUCUAAAGCCGGAGCCGGAGGGCGAUCCAGGGGAAAGAGUGAUGAUGAGGGAAGCGACAGCGGUUCAGAUGGGGGCAAUGACUCCGGGAGGGAGUACAGCGAAGGAAGUGGGGAUGGUUCGGACAGUGACAACAGUGACGCCUCGCAGGAGAUGAGAGAAAGGCGGGCAAAACAACGGAAGCGCAACAGACGGCGAUGA